CGACAAGCCAGACACUCCGCGCGUGUGCAGUGGACGCUCAAGGAAAAUUCCGCUUCUCGGUGCUUCGAGUAGGAUUCGAUCCGGGCGGAGCGCGGCAUCGAUUUUCGGGAGCUGCAGCUGCGCAUAAAAGCGACAGCGCUCACAGGCGCCGGUCUAGCUGAGAGAGUUCUCUUGUCGUUCGAGUCGCAUCUUCAGCUUCUUCGGGAAGGACGUCGCUUCUCCUGCCCACCGGGGCUUGGGUGCGCGCUCCUUCUCCUGAGGAUGGGCAGCCGUCCUCAGGAGAAGGGCUCUUGUCGGUCUCACCCGGAGAAGACCGCCCACGUCUGGCGCUAUUGGAGACGCAGCUCGGCCCCGAUCAGCUGCUGGCUCGUUGCCACGACUUUGACCACGGCGAUUGUUCCAAUCAACCUAUCAAAAGUGCAAAACCACCGUCCUGCCUAACAAUAAGCACUAUCUGGUCAGAUAUUAUACGAAAGUCUGGGUUCCGAACGUUACUUCCGGAAACUGCCAAGCUCCCUUGCACUUUCGAGGUUGUUUGUAACAUGCCUGAUGGUGCUUCGUUCGUAGUUGUAGCUAUUUGAAUCCUGGAAAAAAAUGGACCAUUCUAUGUAGCACCCGUCAUAGACCAAUUCUUGGCAGCACUUUGCCGUGUGCUUGAUCACUUCUGUCCAAGCCGGUAUUGUCCGUCUAUGACUGUUGCUGCUUAGGACGUGUUCUUGGCAGCGAGCCAGCUUGCGUCGUUCAUUAGAUUGUCGUCCGGGCAUGUCUAAAUUUUUCUUUUUUCUUAAAAUUCAAUAUUAAGUGCACACUUGCGAAAACUUAACGAGACCUGACGAUGUGGCUGAGGAAUUCUGCAUGCUAUGAACAUCGUGCGUGUCCAAUGAUCUCAUCGAUUCGCGGCUGUGCAUGCCAAAGACCAAACGAGAUGUAUCAGUGUUUUCUCAUUUAUAUUUCCAUGAGAUAAAUCAAUUCAGACCAUUCGUGUGCCCUGUAUUCUUGCCAUCGAGAGUGCCUCUUCCCAGUGGUGGCGUGCCGGUGACGCUUUUUGCCGAAGUCCCACGACCCGUCACCUCUAAAAGCAGUUUGUCCUCCAGAGGAACAGUAUCUCGCUGACGUGUCUUGUGCGUGGCGGACUGUCCGACUUCCCCGGUGACACUGCUGUCAUUCCCGCUCUCUUUCGUCCGUAGGCGUCCAGCUACAGCCAUCAUGUCAAAUCGCCGCGUGGCCGACAUGGUGAAGGUGGAGAUCGAGAGCCCCGGCGUGCGCUACUCGGCCGAGCACAUCGAGGCGGACUACCUCUACUCUACGUCUGAGGUGAAGGUGGAUGGGCCUGUGUACCGCGUGAGGCCUCGCGAGGUGCGCAUGACCUUUAGGACCAAGCGCCGAGUACCCAGGCUGGGCGUCAUGCUGGUCGGCUGGGGAGGCAACAACGGCAGCACCGUCACUGCGGCCACGCUCGCCAACCGGAUGGCCCUCUCCUGGAGGACCAAGAACGGCACGCAGAAAGCCAACUACCUGGGCUCGAUAACUCAAGCGUCGACGGUGAGCCUGGGCACGGGCCCCGAGGGCGAGGUCUACGUGCCUCUCAAGGACCUGCUGCCCAUGGUGAACCCAAACGACGUGGUCUUCGACGGCUGGGACAUCUCGAGCGCCAACCUGGCGCAGGCCAUGCGCCGCGCCAAGGUCCUGGACGUUCAGCUUCAGGACCAACUCUGGCCCCACAUGGAGAAGAUGAAGCCGCGGCCGGGCAUCUUCGACAUCGAGUUUGUGGCCGACAACCAGGCGGAGAGGGCCGACAACGUCAUACCUGGAACCAAGAAGGAGCAGCUGGACCGAAUCCGGGCGGACAUCCGGGACUUCUCCAAGAAGGUGGACAAGGUCAUCGUGCUGUGGACGGCCAACACGGAGCGCUACUGCGACGUCCUGGAAGGCGUGCACGACACGGCCCAGAACCUGUUGGCGGCCAUCGACCAGGGUCACAAGGAGAUCUCGCCGUCCACCAUCUUUGCCGUCGCCAGCGUCCUCGAAGGCUGCACCUACAUCAACGGUUCCCCUCAAAACACCUUCGUGCCGGGCCUCCAAGAGCUUGCCCGGCAGAAGCGCACAUUCCUGGCGGGCGACGAUUUCAAGUCCGGUCAGACCAAGCUCAAAUCUGUCCUGGUGGACUUUCUCAUCUCGGCGGGCAUCAAGCCGGCCUCCAUCGUAAGCUACAACCACCUAGGCAACAACGACGGCAAGAACCUGUCCGCCCCGGAGCAGUUCCGCUCCAAGGAAAUCAGCAAGAGCAAUGUGGUCGAUGACAUGGUUGAGAGCAACCCAAUCCUCUAUUCUCCGGGGGAAAAGCCCGAUCAUUGCGUGGUGAUCAAGUACGUUCCGUACGUGGGCGACAGCAAGCGCGCCAUGGACGAGUACACGAGCGAGAUCAUGCUCGGAGGCCACAACACCAUCGUGGUCCACAACACCUGCGAGGAUUCCUUGCUGGCAGCCCCCCUCAUCAUCGACCUGUUCGUCUUGGCCGAGCUCUGCGAACGCAUAGAGUUCAGCGUGGCCGGCAGCAAGCUGCAGAGCUUCCACAGCAUGCUGUCGCUGCUCUCGUACCUGUGCAAGGCCCCCAUGGCUCCCCCUGGAGCUCCCGUGGUGAAUGCUCUAUUCAGUCAGCGCUGGUGCAUCGUCAACGUGCUCCGCGCCUGCCUAGGGCUGGCCCCGUGCAACUUUAUGGACAUCGAGCACAAGCUGAGCGAUCAUUCCGUUUGGGACAGGCCCAAGACGCUAGUGCCCGAGGAGACCGCCAAGAAGACCAUGGCUAGGUCUCCGCACGAAGUCCGCACCAUUGCGUGAAAGGGGCGGAACUGCGCUGUGUUGAGUUUGUCCAGAUGCUGGCUCAUUCGAAAUUCCUUGAUCGCUCGCCGGAUAGCUCUAAAGGGAGCAGUCUUCGGACGUGAAGCUGGCGAUGUUUAUAAUAGGUCUGACUCUGUAUUUUGCUUCCCUUUCGGAAUUUGUAAGGUUGCAUGAAUCUUCAGCAAUGUUCCUUUCCUGUCUCAAGAAUACUUUAUUUUGCUUAGUUACUUGGCUUUGUUGGAAAAAGAAGUGAAACAAAGCAAAGGAGUGUUGCAGGGCGUGCGCGAAAUGUUCUGACCGAGAGUAACUGUAUGUUAUUAAAACAUACACAUUUACUUUCUUUGAGGUUUAGAAUGUGCGCAUACAGAAGUUAACCACAAAACACUUUUUAUGGUAAUAAAUUUAUUUUUGAACCGAUAAAAGACACUACUAAGGCACUUGCACACCUCAAGUGUUUGUGUAAUGCAUUCGUGUCUCGUACAGUAGUUUGUGGGUUACUCAAACCGACUAGCGACAGCAAACGAUGUUUUGUAUGUUUGAUCUUGUUUCUGUGUAUUCACCUAAAAAUAAAGCCGAUGGCGUUUCUUUUUCGUAGCA